CCGCCAUGUUGUCUGACGUCGGGCACUACGCCAACUUGAUUUCGAUAAAUAGGCUGCGGGACCAUCAACAUUACCUCUGAAAAACACGUUGCACGGGAACAACAGUACUCUUGCUCUAUUCAGAGACGUCGAAAUGGAGAUCAGUUGUCGCCAUUGGAACAACAUUUUGUUCUUUGUAACUGUGGUCGUUUUGGGUUUUGUGCAAAGCCAGAAUGACGGUCCGGACCGUCCUUUAUUUGGGGCCCCAGGAUCGCCGAUUCAUCUGUCUGCCUCCGAUCCGAGUUUACAGAAAGUCGUCAGAUUUGCAGAGGGACGUUACAACACUGGCUCAAACGGCAUUUAUCUGCGCAGAGUUAGCAAAAUCGUAUCUGCCAGUAAACAGGUGGUGAAGGGGAUCAAGUACAGUAUUGUCAUUGAACUGGGAAACACGAUGUGUAAGAAGUCUGCUGCAUUGGCUGACCCUGCAGCCUGCGACUUCCAUGCGGACCCCAACAAGUUGAAGACAGAAGUUUGUGUGUUUGAAAUUUGGGACAUCCCAUGGCAGAGGAAGUCUACCAUUCUCAAGCAGAAGUGCCAGCCAGCAGCUUCCUCCAAGGAGACUGACAGAACUGGGCCUCUUCCCCUUUCACCCAGCACCCCUGUCAAGGAGGCGGUGAACCUGCUGUCCGCAUUUAAAGAGUUUGUGACCAAACACAACCGUAGCUACAGCAGCCAGGAAGAGGCGGACAAGCGCCUACGGAUUUUCCAGGAGAACCUGAAGACCGCGCAGAUGCUGCAGUCUUUGGACCAGGGAUCAGCUGAGUACGGGGUCACCAAGUUCAGUGACCUCACAGAGGAGGAGUUCCGCUCGCUGUAUCUGAACCCUCUCCUGAGCCAGCAGAACCUCCGGCGCCCUCUGAGGCCCGCGGCCCCCCCACGCGGCCCCGCCCCCCCCAGCUGGGACUGGAGGGAGCACGGAGCCGUCAGCUCGGUCAAGAACCAGGGCAUGUGCGGGUCCUGCUGGGCCUUCUCAGUCACUGGGAACAUUGAGGGUCAGUGGUUUCUGAAGAACGGAGAGCUGCUCUCUCUUUCUGAGCAAGAGCUGGUGGACUGUGAUCGGCUGGACCAGGCUUGUGGGGGUGGGCUGCCAUCCAACGCCUAUGAGGCCAUUGAGAAGCUCGGUGGUCUGGAGACCGAGACGGAUUACAACUACACAGGACACAAGCAGAACUGUGAUUUCUCCACCGGGAAAGUGGCAGCCUAUAUCAACAGCUCGGUGGAGCUGUCCAAAGAUGAGAACGAAAUUGCUGCAUGGCUUGCAGAGAAUGGACCAGUUUCUGUGGCUCUCAAUGCCUUUGCUAUGCAGUUCUACAGAAAAGGGGUGUCUCACCCUCUGAAGAUCUUCUGUAAUCCCUGGAUGAUUGACCACGCAGUGCUCCUCGUGGGAUACGGACAUCGUAAUGGAAUCCCAUUCUGGGCCAUUAAGAACAGCUGGGGCGAGGACUACGGAGAGGAUGGCUAUUACUACCUCUACAGAGGGUCCAGGUUGUGUGGGAUAAACAAGAUGGGCUCCUCUGCUGUGGUGAACUAAACAGCAUCACUGGCUGGCCUCCAUAGAUAACUGCUGGCUAGCAAACAUACCCACUACCAACUCCAAAAUGAGCUACGUACAGCCUCCCUCCCGGGAGCAAUCAGGAAUUUAGGAAUUCAGACACUAGUGGGGGGGGGGGGGGGGGGAAGUUACUAUAAACAAUGAUUAAACACUGGAAAGACAAACGUGAAACUGGAGAGUUUUAAACUGAAAUAUGCUUAAAAAAGGGACUAAAUGCUGAUGUAUGAUAGAUUUUACAGAGCUUUGACUAGAGGACUUCGUUUUUGGUUUAGUACGUUCAGGGGAAACUGGGGAUUUUAGUGAGUUUAGAAGAAGAAAAAAAAACUAGCCUUUCAUCAAAGUUACAUGAUACAUUAGCUGUUUUAAUAUUUUAAUUAUUUAAUGCAGUCAAUGUUUUUAGAUGAGUAGGCAGUCAUUUUCUGUAAUGGCAAAUUGUCCUAUUGUAGGCUACUGUGCAAUAUAUAUUCAUAGACCUUUUUAGAUGUGGGAAAGGAAUUUGUGAAUUUGGUUAUUUUAAUAAAUUGUUUUCACUGUAUAUGAAAUGGAGUGCCAUAUCAAUGGUUCACAUCAAACAAAUAUCUGUAGAAAGCAUUAGUGAUUUGCUCUGACUGAAAUCAGUUUUGUUUUCCAUGGAAUAAAAUCCUAUUAUUCACCUCA